AUGGCCCGCCCGACUCUCGCUGGACUUUCGUCGUCGCCCGCGGUUCCCUCGUCCUCGUCGUCGGACCGCCCGGACUCGACGCCCUCGCCCUCGACACGACCGUCUCGACCAGCCGCAGGACAGCCCGCUGGGACCGGCCGCCGUCCACCGCUGCCGAACGGGUUUCUCUCGUCGCCGGCGUUCGGUGGUACACCUCGAGGGUCGACUGACGCCGUCGAUUCGCCGCCGCCAUCGUCGUCGACGUCCGAUUCGCCGCCUGGGGACGCUGGGGACGCUGGGGACGCUGGCCAGGCUGACGGGCACGGCGACGCACUGCUGGGCUCGUUCGGAGCGCUUCUUCAGACCCUUCCGCCGCGACCAGCUUCAUCUCGGACCGGCGGCGAUCUCGACGGCGACGAAGGGUCGCGCGUAUCUGUAGAUCCUCGUCCGCUCUCGUCGUCGCCUGCUGGCUCGCACGACGGCGCAGACGGCGAGUGGGACGCGACGGCGUUGCGAAUGAGCCUGGGAAAGGGCGCUGGCGAAGACGCUGCCGGCGGUGCCUCGGUCGGUGCCGAUGCGUUGGCAAAGGGAGAGAAGCGGAGGACGGGUCGCUGCAAGUUCUUCAACGCCCAGAAGGGCUUUGGGUUCAUCCUCGACGAUGCGGCAGAAGAAUUGGGCAACGACGAAGUCUUCGUCCAUUACACGACCAUCCUCGCCGUCCAAGGCGGUCCUCGAGGGUUCCGCUCGUUGAUGGAGGGCGAGCUGGUCGAAUACUCUAUCGUGCAAGGCCCGAAAGGCUGGCAGGCGCAGGAUGUACUCGGACCGAACGGCACCCCCUGCAUCGGCAGCCCUCCGAACAGCGUUCCCAAGUCUGCUCAACUACCGCCGAGCGAGCCUCGACGACGACCGUCACAGCUUGGCCAAGCGACGGUGUCGCGAAAAGCGUCGACGGCGGGACAAGGGUCUUACUCGUCGAGCAAAGGCGGUCGCGCCGACUCUGGCUACUGGACGUCGAACGCCGGUACUUCGCACUCCUCGUUGACCUCGCCGUCGAGUCGCUCCGUCCAGCUCGCCCAGUCCGCUUCUCCCUCCUCCUUUACGACCUCCCCACAUCCUUACCAGCCGGUCAUGCUCUACCCUUUCGCAUCACCCGCCUCUACACACGCCCAUCUCCAUGCACAACCGCCUAUGGCUUACUCGUACCCGCCCACCGCGCUCCAAAUCGACGGCACCGGCGAGGCUGAGCGGUCUCCGCCAGCUCACGUCCUCGUCUCGCCGUCCUACUACGUCGCCGCCCCUCCCGCCAGUGUCGACGGCAUGCAGCCGCUCAGCCCGACGCACGGCCCUCGAUACGCACCAUAUCAUGUCGGCAUGGCCUACUCGCCUGGAACGGCCGCUCUUCCCGUCGCAGGCGCUGAAGCGUCAUCCCCUACGUCCGCCUACUACCCGAUCUCUUCCUCCGCUUCUCCUCCCGGCCCUGCAUUCGCCUAUCCUCCGCAUCUCUCCAGCCCUCCCUACCCCGUCGCACUGCACCAUCACCAUCCUCGCGCUCCGCACGGCGCCGCACCGUACCCCAUCUCGUCCGUCGCUCACCACCCGCCCGUAUCGCCAACAGCCAGCGGGGCGUUCGUCCAGUACCCAGCAGGGAUGGUCGUCUCCCCUCCGCAUGGCUCGUACGCCGACCAUUCCGCCUGGCCCGCUGCGCACCCGUAUCCUCCGCAACAAGCCUUCACGGCAGUCGACGGCGAGUACCCGAUCUCGAACCAUGUUGCGGACGAGGGAGCGCAGGUCGUUUCGGGCUUGACGGCGGGUUGGGCGGAGGUUGAGGCUGAACCUCAGCCGCUCUCAGCCACGGCGACAAAAGCGGGUCCGCUCACGCCCGCACAACGAGCGGGACACGCAGGUGACGGGCGAUAA